GACAGCGGUCGCGAAAGGGAGGAGAUCCAGAUACAAAAAAAAAAGAACCGAGGAGGCGAGGAGGACCUCCACCCCCACCCGAGUUAUGCGCCCUGCUCCCCGGUGAGCAACAGAUCGGCGACUCGGCGGCGCUCCCACACCGGAGGAGGGAUGAGCCGCGGAGGGGGAGACAAUACCGGAACCAGGCGGCACGUGUGAGCCCGUUCUCGGUGGAGCUCGCGUUGAUGACGCGGAAGGACGAGACGGUUCGGUCCGAGCCAAAAUGACCCCACCGCUACCAUCCUCUUCAUCAUCCUCAUCAUCAUCAUCCGGUACCACGGAGGGGGCCCGGUUCUGGCAGCGCUUUUACGCGGCAGACCCCGUAGUGACCACCGCUAUGGACACGAGGAGAGUGGCGUGGAGAGCCACGCAAUAACACACACACACCCACCCGAGACAUAACCGGAACAAGUCCCGCGGAUCUUCCAAGUUUGGACCGGGCGAAGUCCGAACCUCUUCCUGCUCUUCGUCUUCUUCCUCCUCGGCUUCUCGAACCCAGCAUCUUCACAGGCUCGCACAGCGAGUCUGUGAGCAGUUGAGAGAGGGACACUGUCUGCCCCACUGUCCAGCGACACCAUGAGCUGGAGCUUCCUCACGCGGCUGCUGGAGGAGAUCCACAACCACUCCACCUUCGUGGGGAAGCUGUGGCUCACCGUGCUCAUCGUCUUCCGCAUCGUCCUCACGGCCGUUGGAGGAGAGUCCAUCUACUACGACGAGCAGAGCAAGUUCGUGUGUAACUCGGGGCAGCCGGGCUGCGAGAACGUCUGCUAUGACGCCUUCGCCCCACUGUCCCACGUCCGCUUCUGGGUCUUCCAGAUCAUCCUGGUGGCCAUGCCGUCUCUCAUGUAUAUGGGCUACGCCGUCAACAAGAUUGCGCGAUUGGAUGAAGCUAAGGGAGGAGUCGGAGCUGUUGCUGUGAGACCCGUCGGAGGGGGCUACACGCACCGGAAGCCCAGGAAAAUCUGUUUCGGGGCACGGCAGCACCGGGGCAUCGAGGAGACCGAGGAGGACCGCGAGGACGAUCCCAUGAUCUAUGAGGUGCCAGAGAUGGAACCUCCCAAAAGACCUCGAGAUCCGCUGCAGCCUACACCCAGACCUAAGAUCCGCCAUGACGGUCGCACGCGCAUCCGAGAUGAGGGUCUGAUGCGGGUUUACGUUCUGCAGCUGGUGACACGCACGGUUUUAGAGGCGGGCUUCUUGACGGGCCAGUACUUGCUGUACGGCUUCCGCGUGACGCCCGUGUUUGUGUGUUCGGGGAAACCAUGCCCCCACAGCGUGGACUGCUUUGUGUCGCGGCCCACCGAGAAGACUAUCUUCCUGCGCAUCAUGUACGGUGUCACCGUGCUCUGCCUGGUGCUCAACAUCUGGGAGAUGCUGCACUUAGGCAUCGGCUCCAUCUGCGACAUUCUGCGUCGCCGCCGCUGCCCUCCUCAGGACGACGAGUACCAGCUGGGCCUGCUGGGCACCAAUGUGGGCGGAGACGGGUCGGUAGGGGUGGCCGGACCGGAGGCAGGUUCCGAAGGCGGGGACGGUGGGGAUGGACCUGCCGAUUAUGUGGGUUAUCCGUUCUCCUGGAACACCCCGUCGGCGCCGCCUGGCUACAACAUCGUGGUGAAACCCGAGCAGAUGCCCUACACCGACCUCAGCAACGCCAAGAUGGCGUGCAAGCAGAACCGGGCAAACAUCGCCCAGGAGGAGCAGCAGCAGUUCGGCAGCAAUGAGGACAACUUCCCCACGGGGGGCGAGGCUCGCGUGGCCCUCAACAAGGACAUGAUCCAGCAGGCUCACGAGCAGCUGGAAGCCGCCAUCCAGGCCUACAGUCAGCAGCACCGGGCCGAGGAGACUCUGGGGGACAACCAGGACGACAAGCCCCAGAGUAACAUCAUCAUCCAGACGCAGCCGCCGCCUCAGAAGGAGCGCAAGCACAGACUCAAGCACGGCAAAGGAGGCAGCAGCGGCGGCGGCAGCAGCAGCAACAGCAGUAGCAGCAAAUCAGGAGAAGGCAAACCGUCGGUAUGGAUUUAACCCCGAUGCAAACCAUGCAGUGUACAUACCACUUGUCAACACCGCCGUGCCUUAAAGAGGAACUGCACUGUUUUUGGAAUUUUGUCUGUCAUUCACAAUCCAUACGUAAGACAAAAACACAUUUAUUUUUCUUUCUUUAAUGGAUGGAUGGAUGGAUGGAUAAUGCAUUCUAAAUUUUAAAUCCCGCCUAUAAAGCACUCUAAUCAUCGUCCAUUGACUUAUAUACAUGCUGUAAGUAUGUAUGUAAUGUAGUAACAGGCACAUUCAUAAUAACAUGUAAUAUUAGGAAUUUUGCUCAUUCUAAGCAUACGGCGGCGUAUUAAUUUCACAGACACAUCACAACGUUCACUUUUCCCUUCAUCAACAACACUACUAAUCAUGAGAGACAAGUAUGAUUACUUUGGGACAAACGGUGAUCCAGAACCUUAUAUUUUUUAACCUGAAUACAAGGAGGAAAAAAAUGCAACUUUUAGAAGCUGAGUCAUACGCAGAUCCAGCUUUAGCAGCAGUAUUGCUAAGUGUGAAACAAGAUAUUGGAAACUACAACCAUAAUAAAACAAUCACUUACUGUACAAUGUCUGCUCUCACUGGGAUGCAGAGUAAUUGGAUGUGCAUAUAUUCCUGUUGAGAUAAACAAUUAAUCCUAAUCCUAAAGCAGGUUAAAAAAAAAAAAAAAAGGUGCCGCAAACAAGUGUUUUUGUGUGUUUCUCGCUAUCUAAAUUGAAGGUCAAAGUUGACCAACGACUACUUUAUGUCAACAAUCUUCUACUAUCCAAGUGAGAGGCAUGAUUUAUAAUCACAACGUUCACUUUUCCCUUCAACGACAACACUGCUAAUCAUGCCAGACUACAUUAGAGACAAGAACGAUUACUUUGGGACAAACGGUGAUCCAGAACCUUAUAUUUUUGAACCUGAAUAUAAGGAGGAAAAAAAUACAACUUUUACAAGCUGAGUCAUACGCAGAUGCAGUUUUAGCAGCAGUGUCAAGAUUUUGGAAACUACGACCAUAAUAGAAAAAUCACUUACUGUACAAUGUCUGCUCUCACUCAGAUGCAGAGUAAUUGGAUGUGCAUGUCUUCCUGUUUAGAUGAAGAAUUAAUCCUAAUCCUCGUUUUUUUGUGUGUUUCUCGCCAUCUAAAUUGAAUGUCAAAGUUGACCAACUACUUUAUGUCAACAAUCUUCUACUACCCAGGUGAGAGGCAUGAUUUAUGAUCUAGAAUUAACUUUCACCAACAACAAUAACAAUAACAAUAACAAUAACAAUAUCGCUAAUACUUGGCUAAUAUUCAGGACACGAGAUGUAAACGGAGUAUUGUUGGCUGUUUUUGGAUGUUUUUUUAGAGAGCUUUAUGGGCAGAAUAGUGUACUACCAUUAGCUGCAUUGUUAGCCACCUCGUACUUGUCAGAUUUAACAAGCUCGAAUGCAUAAACAAAGAAAAAUAUGUGCUCUUGUCUUACGUAAGGAUUGUGAAUGAUGGGCAAAAAAAAAUAAAAAAAAGGUGCAGGUCCCCUUUAAUUACCCAAUCCUGCGAGCUGGGCAAGAUUGUGUACGCGAUGAUGCAGCUGACGCCUCGUCUGGGCCACCGCGGUCAAACUUGCAAAAAAAAAAACAGAAGACAGUCUCUGGUACGCCCUUGGGUCCAUCGUCUGCCUUGUCCGACAGGAACAAACGAUUUUGGCUCUUUUCCUUCGCAAAGACUCCCGAUUGCAAAAAGCGAUUAAAUGCAAUAAGAAAAGUGACUUUUUUUUUUGUUCAACUGAGAGGAUUGCCGUCCGGUCUCACUUUACUGUGACUGUUUGUUUAUGUCCAUGUGUGUGUGCGUUUUGACAGGAGUGCUACUCCCGCUGCUGCUCGGGCCUUUGUUGUUGUUGUUGUUGUUGUUGUUGUUCCGAGAGAACAUGGUGCAUCCUCAACUUUAAUGUUGAGUUUCUCACUGUUGUUGAGCCCUGACUGCCUCACGCUGGGUGCUGUGCGUAAUGCAACACACGCACACAUAUGAGGGGCCGUUAGUGCCGUGUAUGUAAGAGUGUUUCAGUAGUGUAUGUGAGUGUGUUUCAGUAGUGUGUAUAAGAGUGUUUCAAUAGGGUGUGUGAGAGAAAAACAUUUUAGUUGUUUAUGUGAGAGCAUUUCAGUAGUGUAUGUAAGAGUGUUUCAGUAGUAUGUAUAAGAGUGUUUCAGUAGUGUGUGUGGGAGAAAAAGAUUUCAGUUGUUUAUGUGAGCGAAUUUCAGUAGUGUGUAUAAGAGUGUUUCAGUAGUGUGUAUAAGAGUGUUUCAGUAGUGUGUGAGAGAAAAACAUUUCAGUUGAUUAUGUGAGAGCAUUUCAGUAGUGUCUAUAAGAGUGUUUCAAUAGUGUGUAUAAAAGUGUUUCAGUAGUGUGUGUGAGAGAGAAACAUUUCAGUUGUUUAUGUGAGAGCAUUUCAGUAGUGUAUGUAAGAGUGUUUCAGAAGGGUGUAUAAGAGUGUUUCAGUGGUGUGUAUAAGAGUGUUUCAGUAGUGUGUGUGGGAGAAAAAGAUUUCAGUUGUUUAUGUGAGAGCAUUUCAGUAGUGUGUAUAAGAGUGUUUCAGUAGUGUGAUAAGAGUGUUUCAGUAGUGUGUGUGUGUGAGAAAAAGAUUUCAGUUGUUUAUGUGAGAGCAUUUCAGUAGUGUGUAUAAGAGUGUUUCAGUAGUGUGUGUGAGAGAAAAACAUUUCAGUUGUUUAUGUGAGAGCAUUUCAGUAGUGUCUAUAAGAGUGUUUCAGUAGUGUGUAUAAGAGUGUUUCAGUAGUGUGUGUGAGAGAAAAACAUUUCAGUUGUUUAAGUGAGAGCAUUUCAGUAGUGUAUGUAAGAGGUCAUUCUGAAUAAUGUCCCUAACGGCCCCUCAUACACACACAUGUGUGAUUGAUGGAUCUUAAAGUCUUCCCAUGAGUUAAAGAGGGUUUAAAGCCAUUUUUGUAAAAAACAAAACAAAAAAAAAACAACAAGACCAAACACUGUUUGCGUGUCAGUGCCAAGAUGAUAGGAUUUCACGCGUGUGAAGCUUUGGAAUGCCGAGGCCAUGCUUAAAACGCCUACACGGUGGUGACCAACCCUUUUGUAAAACCAUUUCUUUUUCUAUGAUGUCUUUGUUUUUCCAGCAUCGGGAUUCAACAACAAGUUUUUUUAUUUCUCUUUUUAUACAAAAAAAAAAAAGUUCCUUAUUUGCCCCCCUUUUUUUGAACAGAAACUGUUUGAAUUAACUGUGUGAGUAUUUAUGGUUAUUAUGGUGUUAAAUUGCCUUUCAAGUGUUAUUUAAAAAGUGAUAAUAAUGUGAAAUGACAUAGUAUAUUUUUAUAAUCAAAAGAAAAAAGCCAGACUUGGGGGAGAUUACACUGCAAGCUGUGUUUAACAGGGAUAAACGUCGGAGUAAAAAAAGGCGAUGCCACACCAGGGGAACGAUGUCAGAAUGAAACGAGCUUGUGUUUGCACUGUGGAAAUGCUCCGGUGAGCACCAAAGCAGGCCGCGCCCAUGACGACCAUGCCCUGUUUUGAAUAGCCGGCAAGAAAGACCAGAUCCAGGCAGGCGUGAGCAAACCAAAGUGCAGCUAUACAAAGAACAUGGGAAUAUAAUGUCAUCAUCUGUCGGAGUAAUUUGGUUAAAAAAAACCUUCCCCCAAACCCUCAAAACUCAACUUCAAGCUCAAAUGGAAGAAACCGCAUCCCUCAGGGCUCUGUACUAUGCCCAUUUCUUUAAGGUGGUUACAGUGGUACCUCGGUCAGGGUAUGUUUUGGUCAUUUGUAUGGAUGGCAAUUAAAAAACAAACUUAAAAAAAAAAAUGUUUUACUAAAAAACAGCAUUUUUUUUUCUAGUGUCAAAAAAAAUAGGAUUAAAAAACGAUUACUGUAUUUUUCGGAGUAUAAGACGCACCGGAGUAUAAGUGGCACCUGCCGAAAAUGCAUAAUAAAGAAGGAAAAAAAUGUAUAUAAGUCGCACUGGAGCCCGGCCAAACUAUGUAAAAAAAAAUGCGACUUAUAGUCCGAAAAAUACGGUACCUUUUUCGUCUAUAAGUUCCAUAGCAAGAUUUAAAUCACCAUUCGGCAGAAAGGUGAUUUAAAGCCAAAAACAGACGUUUGGUUUUUUUCAUGUUCCGAAACUAAAAUUGGAAUUUUCCAUUUAAAGAGAAGACUGCGGACUGGCCACAGGAAAAACAACAGUGUGGUGUUGUGGAGGGGUACUUUUCACACAUGUAUGGGGAAUUGAUUCUGGUUCUUAAUAGUACCAAUUUACAUUACUUUUGUCUGUGUUCAAAUGUGUUUAUAAAUGUUAAUUGUUUAAAAAAAUUUUUUUUUGUUUUGUUUAACAUUUAAACACUAAUUUGUGCUGUCUAGCUAUCUUUUUUCCUUACACUUCAGUGUCUCAUUGGCAAGUACUGUACUGCACUAUUGGAUGGCAGUACUGUAUAGACUUAGACAAACUUUAUUGAUCCACAAGGAAAAU